AUGGUAUGGAGAAAGCAUAAUGAGAAUGCCCGCACCCCUGUGGAACUGCUGUUGCUGCUGUUCAGACCCGAACUCGGCCAUUGGGUAUGCCCCAAACCCGCCUAUGAAGUUGGCCGGCCCACCCAUAAGCCUGAACCCAGACACAUCUUGGGCCCGCGCUCGUCCGUGGGCUCAUUGACGGUGUCCAUGUCAAGCCCAAAACAGAGCUUCUUGGGGUUGUGCUGGGCCUCGAUUUUGGAUUGCGGGCCGAUGAUGUUGAAGCCCGGCGGAAUGGAUGUUGGGUCCUUUGGAGGUUUUGAAGUGGGGUCGUCGUUGUUUGUGUGCUCGAUUUUACUUCUUCUGUUGAUAUUGUUGUUGUUGUCUAUUCCCACCGAGCCGUUUUUCUCGUGA